AUGUCUUCUAACAGAGUUAAUUCAGUGAACUCGAAUCCUUCACGUCCGAUUUGCAGGUAUUUUGUUAGCGGAUAUUGUAACAGAGGGACAAGUUGUCAUUUUUUGCACAUACAAGAAGAUAGUAGUAAUAACAGUGGGGGUAGCGCACAAUCCAACCAAAGUAAUGGUGAAAGUUCUUCCUCAACGUCGCAUAAACCAAAUUAUAACUCGAACCGUCAUAAAAAUAAGAGUGCUCCUGAAGAUUUGCCGAUUUGCAGAUUCUUCUUGGAAAAUCGUUGUAUGUUUGGAGAUAACUGUUGGAAUAGACAUGAAAAACCCGAGAAUGACACUAAUGUAGAGAGUUCUACUAGCACUAUUUGUAGUCAGAAAAACGACUUGAAAAAUCCAAAGGACAAACAAAAAGCAAAAGAGGUUGUUGAAGAGGAGUAUACAUGUGCUAUUUGCUACGAGACUCCCAAAAUGUUUGGAUUGCUUGUACAAUGCGAUCAUAUAUUUUGUCGCAAUUGUAUACAAGAAUGGCGCAAAACAAGUAAUGUCUCAAGUCCUUUCCAAGAUGUUGAUACAACCAAAACAUGUCCCGUAUGCAGAAAGAAUUCUCCAUAUAUUGUCCCAUCACCUCGUUUUGCAAAAUCAGGAGACCAAAAGGAUCAAAUAAUUUCAACGUACAAAGAAAAAAUUUCUCGUAUUCCUUGUAAAUACUUUGAAGAAACUAGAACAUGUCCUUUUGCUGAUGCUUGCUUUUAUCAGCAUGCUAAUCCUGAUGGAACAAGAUGCAACUUGGGACCUCCUGUCAAACGAAAGAAGAGAUCAUAUCUUUCAAGCAAUUUCAGAUACAUGUCAGACAGUGAUAUUGAUUUUUCUAUCUCUGAAAUUAUUGGUGGUUUACACUUUAACUUUUCUAGUUGGGACGUUGAAAUGGAAUACGAUGAGAAUGCUGGUGGUUGGGGAGGUAUUGACGAUGAUGAAGACGAAGAAGAGAAUGAAGUCCUCAACAAUUUUCAUGGCGGCUGGGAUACUCCAACAGACUGGACUGACAACACACGUGGGUGGGAUGGUUGGGAUAUUGAAACAAACAAUGCCGAUGGUAUGGAAUGGUAG